AUGUUGCGUAGCACAAGUCCGUCUUCCGACACUACAGAGAAAAUGAAGAUUCGCCAUCUGCUACAGGGCCGAGAGGAAGCAUCAACAGCACCUCCGACCUCUGCCUUCUUCACCAAUAUGGAUUCUACCCCUGCGCAUCCGCCUCAUGAAACUGGUUGCUGGAACUCUCGUUCUUUUCAACUGCUCGAGACCCACGCUGAAGAUUUUCCGACGCCAGAAUCGCUUCAUACGUCUUCUCCGGAAGAGCUGUGUCGAGUCCCCUCGGUGCCACAACCCCCAGACGAUGAAGAACUCACGGAACUAUGCAAUUUCUUCCUGGGAAAUUUGCUGAAAUUCAUUCCGAUCAUCCGCACCGAGGAUAUUGGAUCAUAUGGAGACAUGGCCAGGGAAGGUCAACGCCUACUCGCACACAGUAUGGCCUAUGUUGCCGCAGGCUUCGUACCUGGCUGCAAGCCUAUUCGGGCGAGACUCGCCCCAUUCAUCUUCGCAUACUUGGAACAAUGUGCGUUAGAGGGAAACGAAGAGUCAAGAUGGACUGCCCUCCAAGCAGUUGCUGUCCUGUACAAUUGGACGACGCCAAACUUCCACGUGGACUUCUCUGACCGGGUGGUCCAAAAUCCGCCUCUUACCCACAAUGCCUUGAGGGCAAUAUGGGACAAGCUCGUCCUUACAACUACGCCUCUGGAAGUAUCUGAAGACGUCGCCAGGCUUCUAGAGCAGUAUCCUAUGGAGUGUACUAUCCGCAAGCAUCGGCGGGUCUGGUGGUAUCUUUGUUGCCUAUGGAUGCAUGCGACUAUCCAUUAUCGCACUUGGUUGAUCGAUCCAGGAAACGUAUUCAAGGCUGACCCGGGUAUCUACACUUGUAAAUACAUCUUCCGCGACUAUCUUACCGAUCAUGUCAUUGGUCCGAUCGUUGCACAAGUCGAGCUGUGCUGCAUUAGGGAACGAUUCUUGGACGCUGGCCACAGGAUUGACAGCUCCCAACAGCCACUGACCAUGCUCAAAGAGAUGAAUGAUGCUGUGGAUAGUUGGCAUCGAGAAUGGUCACGCCAAUGGACGAACUCCGGAUCGUAUGAGCCUCUUGAGGUUUACUACCACUUCACACGCUUCUGCAUCAGUGUACAGGCUUCCAGACUCUAUCAAUCUUGCUCCACUUCUGAGAUUUCGCCCAGUGCCGGACUGAGCUUGAUCGAGACUUCUGUUGAGAGAGUAUGUGAUUUGUGCUCUGUUUUUACGAAUCUGAACCCCCUUUCCAGCUACAGCCUCUGUUUUGUACCGGAAGACGUCUUCGCCCUGGUCAUUUGUGGAUGCGAAUAUGUCCUUGGCGUGCAGACGACAUUGCACAAUCUUAAGCUUCUCAAUACCCAUCAACUGGUAUCCCUUCGCGCCAUAGCAGAGCUCAUGCUCGCUGUUGCCACCUAUGACAAGGAAUGGGCAGCUUCACAGGGGGCCACGCUUCUGAGGCGACUCAGCACGAGACUUUCAGGUCAGCGUGAUAACCAGCCGUCGGACGCCUCUCCAGCACCUUUAAUUACAUCCAGCUGA